AUGUCGAUGAAGCAAUUGAAAGCCGCUAAGAAGGCUCUAGAAGGGGACGAUCCUGAACUAGCAUUAGAGCAUGUGGAUGAGGUGCUACUGGAAGAACCAAAUAAUUACUAUGCUCAUAUUUUUCGUGGCAAGUCAUAUCAACUUCUAAACAAGUUGGACAAGGCUAGCGCGUCGUUCGCCAAGGCGACAUCGAUCGAGCCAGACACUUUGUUAGGAUGGAAAGGUUAUUUUCAGGUUGUGAGAUCACAAGAUGACUACGCACAGUUCUUUCAAGUGCUAACUAGUUAUUUGAAAGUAUUGAUUCACCAGGGUAUUGGAAUUGGCGAUGUGAUUAAAGAAGUGUACAAUUACUUGAAUGCCCACAAGUAUCACAGUGAUGCGGAGCUAAGUGAGAUGUUUCUUCUGUCUAUUCUUCCAGGAACGGAAUUAGGAGAUUUGCUUGAUGGUGCCAUGGGUAAGCCUGAAGAAAUAUUACAGCAGCUAAUUACAUUGGUGAGGGAUAAGGAAGCUCAAGAGUUGAGAACUAAAUUAGCAAAAGAAAAACUUCGCUUGCCUCGUGUUCUCAACCCACAACAUAAAGCCCAUUUGAAUGAGAUCGAAUGGUCUAUCAGACAACAAUACAACCUUUCGGAAUUGUACAAGAAAUUUUUGCACUUCUCCAAUGACGACGAGCUCAGAAGGAAAUAUGAGCAAGAGUUUUUGAAGUACAGAUACGAAUUGUUGCGAGUGGUUCCCGAGAAGAAAACUCUUUUGCAAGAGAUAAAGGAAAUGUGUAGCGAUAUGGUCGUUAUUGACACGAAUGACAUGUUCGCCUGGUCUCUCUACUUUGAUUUACAAGACCCCAAAAGCCUAGCGGACUUGGAUGAGGGAAUUGUUUUCAGAUUUAUUCGCAAAUUCCAGAAGGAAGGAUUGGGUGUUUUACUUUUGGCUUUUGUAAUGAGCGACAUGUGUCCCUUUGAUAAAGCACGAAUCGCAGCCUUCAAGGCUGAAAUCAAUGAAGCGAAACUUAAAAAUCCGAGUUUCAAGGAAGGGGAUGGUGAAUUGAAGAAUCUUGAGGAGGAUGAAGCCGUAACUGAAAACUCCCUCACCCCUAGUGAAAUUCUUGAUAUGAUGGUGGAAGGUUACUCCAAAUGUUCUAAUUCAACUUUGGCUGAUCGUGUAAUUUGCAACUUUUACAUCCACUUGAACGAGUAUGAAGCUGGCUCCUCAAAAUGCACUACAGCUAUACACCACCUCGCUGAACUACAGAGAACUUAUGGUAUUGACCUUGCAAAUGCUAAGCAGGACAUCUUGUGCCUGCUUGCAACAGUCUAUACGUACUAUGAGGCUCCGAAAAACUUUUCUCGAGCACUUCAAUUAUAUGAUCGUAUUCUCAAAGACAGGCCAAACAAUAAGCAGGCUCUCAUUGGAAAAGGGUUGAUUUUGCUCGAAAAAAGAGAUUUGGAACUGGCUAAAGAGAUACUCUCUCAGGUCGCUAAGUCUUAUCCCAAGGACGUUAGAGCUCUCAAGGAAUUAGGCUGGUGUCAUAUUUUGAUGAAGAAUUUCAACGAAGGUAGAGAGAUGUUGGAGAAAGCUUUGGUUUAUAUUGAAGGCGCGUCAGUGCAUCAAAUGGAAAUGCGUGCAACAAUUCGUGCCAGGAUUGCCAAAAGUUAUUUACUUGAGGGAUCUCCAUCUGAAGAAAACUUGAAGAUUGCCUUCGAUAACCUUAUCCAAUCACUCAAGGACCAUCCAACAUAUGCCCCAUCUUAUACGUUAUUGGGGACUUUGUAUAAGGAAUAUUACCAUAACGAAGCUAGAGCACAAAAGUGCUUUUACAAGGCUUUUGAACUUGACGUUUCAGAAAUUGAGGCUGCCAAGUAUCUUGCUUCUGAUUUCGCAGAAAAGCAAGAAUGGGAUAUCACUGAGGUUAUUUGUCAAAGAGUCGUUACAUCAGAGAAAAGUAGAAGAAUUCUAUUCAGUCAGUUGUACGACGAUUCAGAUAAGUCCUGGCCAUACCGUGUCUUGGGAUGUUCUGCCUUAAACAAGCAAGAUGACGCAAAAGCUAUAGAAUGGUUUCAAACCGCUCUUAGAAUGAAAGCAAUGGAUCCAGAAUGUUGGACAGGUUUAGGUGAAGCUUAUUACAACUGCGGUCGGAUCGAUGCUGCCAUUAAGGUAUUCAAGCACACUACAACAAUAGUACCUGAUUCCUGGACAAAUUUCUACAUGCUAGGUUUAUCUGUUUGUGCGAUUGGAGAUUUCUCUGACGGUUUAGCCCUCCUUAAAAAAGCGUUAGCAAUGUCUCCCGAUGAAGAAUGUAUCUUAAAUGCUAUCUAUGAGCAAUCGAUUAAUCAUAGCGCCCAGUUAUUACAAGGAGGAUUCACAAAGCGAAUGCUUGAAACAAAUAUUGAGACCAUUGAAACUAUUUCGCGAGCUGUUAAAAUAAACAGCACUUCUCAAAACUUGUGGAAGUCUCUAUGCGACUGUUUAAAUUUGGCCACGAGUGUUCAACAAGAGAUCCAAAAGUUUCCUAUAGCAACUGUUAUACUGAUUGUGAACCAGGUCCCCAAUAUUGAUGAUAAUAUGAUAUCAAGCAAACGUGCACUCGAUCUCUUUGAAAAUAAUAUGUGGGUAAAUGCGAUAUGCUCGCUCGCUAUCCUUUCUGCCAGAGCAGCCAUAGCAGUCUUACCAAAGAAGGUUAACAAGUUGUUAAGGGCUUCCUGUCAAUUCAAUUUAGGCCGUGCAUUUUUGGUGAACGCUCAACAUGAUUCGGAACGGAAAGAACAGUGUCAAGAAGCAGCUAUUAUUGCCAUAAAGAGUGCUAUUCAGCUUGAACCAGGCAAUGCGCAAUACUGGAUUGCGUUAGCAAAUGCUUAUACAUCAACGAAGCCACAGAUAGCACAACAUUGUUUCAUUAAGGCGAGUACAUUGGAUGCUAGGGACGUUAGCGUGUGGACCAAUUUGGCUGCGUUUUACUUAAGGUAUGGAGAUGUGGAGUUAGCUAGGGAAGCUUUUGACAAGGCAACCUCUUUAGCUCCAGAUCAGGCUACCUCUUGGUUGGGAAAUGCUUUAGCAGCAGACUUAUCUAAUGAUAUGGAAACUGCAUCUCGAUUGACAACGCAUGCAUACAUUCUUUCCAAGGGCAGGUCUCCAUUGUCUCAGUUAUAUUACGCAGUAAGCAUUGUGAACAAACGCGUUGGUCAUGCUAAAGAUGUUCGAGACGUUGAAGCGGCCCAAGAGUUUAGUAUAGCUAAUUUUGCCAUUCAAAAUUUCUUGAAAUUUCAUCCAGAUGAUGUGGAAGGUUUGAAACUAUGUCUUCUUUUGAGUGAGCGAUGCCAAACUUAUAAGAUAAGUGUUGAGGUUGGCGAAACCCUUUGCCGCUUGCUAGAAGAAAAAUACGAGCGGACUGAAGACAUCGAUACGCUUAUCGAAUUCGCAGAAACGAAAACUCUGUUGGCUAGAGUAUACUUGGGUAUGGAGGAUUAUGAAAAGGCUGUUGAUUGUGCGCAAUUUACUAUGGAUUGCCUUGCAGAAGAAGAGCUCACGAAGGAAAUCACUCAAUCCUUACUUUCCUCGAGGAUUGUUAUUGGAUUGGCUUUCUUCUUCAAUGGUCAAUUUAAAGAAGCUUUGGAAGAAUUUCAGAUAAUUCUUGCCGAACAUAAUCUGUCACAAAGAGUCGUAACUUUGAUUGCGCAAGUUUUGCAUGCUCGCAACACAACGGAAACCAAGCAGGCGGCUUUGGACGAGCUUUUCGCAUUCAUAGAAGAGUACGGUUCUUCGUUGAUUGUUGUACUAACCUUAGGAGCAAUUUCCAUUGUGGACAAUUUGGAAGAGUACUUUACACCCAUCAAAGAAGAGCUUGAAUCUCUUAAGCCGACCGAUCUUGUUGACGACACGUCUCGCCUACUACCUACGAUGUUACAGGAACUCUCCUUCAAGACCAACAAUGAUACAAGAGUGUGGCAGAAAUUUGCGAUGUUGUUCCCUGGAGAUUUUAAUAUCUGGAAGAAUCUUGAUGCAUCUAUGGCGUUGUCAACUGCAAUGUUGACCGAUACGAAAUGUACUGCUCGUGAAGUUUCAGAUGCUUAUUUGCAAAAGGGGACUAGAAGAGAAGUGCAAAGGGCUCUUCUUAUAUGUGGCGAUAACCACGAAGCGCAUGCUGCACUUUUGAGUAAAUACAACUAA